AUGGAGCCAAAGGCGCGAACGAGCGGAGAGCGAAGUCAUACUAACGGCUCAACAGUAGCUAUGAGCUCAAUGUCAAAACGAAGUUCACCGCCCAAAAGGUCAGGGCGCGUGGACUGGACGGUGAAUUCGAUAGGACAAAAAUACACGUCCUCUUUCGAUUCACAUGACAUGCUUGAGUUGAAUCGACAGAAGAUUCCUGCAAGGCCAAUAAAGACUCCCAUCCCAAGCCCAAGGAUGACUCCAACUUCCAGUCCGGCCGAAACCCCUUCUUCCAGCCCACCAAAAAGAUCCAAGACCCCUCUGUUCUCUCGUGGCAAGUCAUCGAAAACGCCAACGCUCAAGUCAAUGAUCAGCUCCCCGAGUACCAGUAACCUUGACCUCGUCAACGGCCUCGCUGAGUAUCAGCAGCCUACCAUCAUGUCAAAGCCAAUAGCGCAACUGCCACGCAAACUAGCAAUCUCGCCAAAGCAUAACUAUGGCUCUGAAAGCACUAUAUCUACCUAUAGCAUUGGGAGCAUUUCUUCCCCAGAGAACUUCAGGGUCCUGCCAAAAUCCGGACCUCCAACUCCAGUGGACCGAUCUACCCGAGUCGACUCUCCAAGAGCAUCUCCGAACAGUACCUCUGACCUGACCCGAUACGACUCCUGGGGAACGUCAUAUUCUCAGCAAUCAUUCCCGUUUCCAUCAAGUACCCACGCAUCUGCGGCUCGAUUUCCCUCCACCAGCUCCUCAGCCAGCUCUACCCCCGCCCUAAAGACCUACGUGUUCUUGAAGGAUUCGAAAUCUACGACCAGAUUAAAUGCCAAAGCGCCGACUCCAAGAGUGCCGUUUAAUACUCGGAGCAAGUCUGAUGGGAUUCUCGACGAAAGGGAGGAAGAUGAUGGACAGGUUGGUCUCGGAAUAGUGAUGAAGCCAUACAGGCCUUUGAAAGUCGAACAAAGGUCAGCCGAUAGCAGCGGAGAAUCCAAGACCCGCAAGUCUCGAGCAGACGGCGUGGUGGAGUAUACAGAGGUAGCGCAAGACUUUGAUUCCACCCUGCGCAGACAUCGACGGAGCUCAGAUGGGGAAGGGGAAGUUAGUAGUCCAGCUUUCAAAAGAGAGCCCAUUCCACCUGGCUAUAAUGGCGACCACAUAGAAGUCAUCGACAAGCUUUUAGAUUACAAUUAUCGUGGUCAAGCAGAGACGUUCAACAGCAUCUCGAAUCGUUCGGCGUCUAAAAGUAUACAUAUUCGAUCGGUUUUGCAGAAGCAGAGGUCACCCUGGUCGGCAGUUCGCUGCGCCACAACAACACCAUCAUCCUCAUCCUACGAAACCCCCACUCGAUCGGGCAGGGGCGACAUCAACUUUAACAAAGAAACAUCGCAACAACGAAGUGCAUCGUCGCGAAAUCCCGUGAAGAGAGAGUUUAAUAGUUGCCAGUACAAGUACAAGUACAAGUACAAUCACAGCACGACGCAUCGGACUCCAAGCGGCCGCACAAUCAUCGAAGCUUAUCGCGAAACUAGUGGUCUGAGUCCAGCUCUUCCGCCAGGAACUCCACAUCACACUUACGGCCAUCGUAUCUACCAAGUCCCUUCAGACUCUCCCACCAUCGUCAAAAGACAGCAUCGACAGAAUCAUCCCACUCGUGCCGAACGGGGUCUCUUUUACUUCACCGAAGACGAGAAUAUUGCCAUUCAAGAAGAGGUCAACUCUAAGAAUCAUAGCUGUGGCAAACACGAGCACUGCACCGACUGUCGGGAAACUGCAUACUCCUUCCUCGAAAAUAAAGCUAUGCCUACCUCCAUGCCCCCCGAGGAGCGCCAGAAGGUGAUCAACAACAACAGAUCCCUUCGAAACAUCAAGAAUGAACUUGAGAACCUCGCAGAAGCAGGAGCCAUCUCCGACGACAUCUUCGACCAAAUCAUGGGCGUCCUCCCCUCGGAAUCUUCCCUCGGCGGCUCCUCUCGUACAAACACACACGCAGCUCCCUCUCCGUCUCCAGUCCCCACCAACGCCUUUCAAAAUAUGCAUGUCGCCGACCCCGCUCCUCCAUCCUACAGCAACAGCAACAACGCAGCUGCACCGCCCUCUCUCCCUACCCGCAAAGCAUCCACGCCAUCGAAGCCAGAAAUCGCUCGCGCGACAGCUCUAUACCGCUAUGCCGAGCCAGAUGACUGCAACUUCGAAGUCGGUGACACGAUUGUUGUCUACGAGUAUAUGAAUGCCGACUGGUGGCUCGGAAAGAACGUGCGCACCGGGAAGGAGGGUGUAUUCCCCGUUACCUACGUCCAAACAAUGACCAAUCCUGAUUCUGCUCCUACCAACAGCCAUUACGGCGAUGAGAAAAAGAACGGCUACCCAGGCAUAGCACAGCAACAAAACCACGGCCCUCCACCACCCGGCCCAAGCAAUCCGUACAACAGCGACGUUCCUCCAAUGCAGAUCGCGGAGCAGCCUAGUGAUGGGAAGCAGCCGGGUAAGGGGGGUGCGAUGGGCAAGAAGUUUGGGAAGAAAUUGGGAAACGCGGCGAUUUUCGGGGCCGGUGCUACGAUUGGUGGCAAUAUUGUGAACAGCAUCUUUUGA